GUUGACAUGCAGGCGUAGCGUGUUUGUUCUCAGAACGGGGGACUCACAGUGAUCUGGCCCUGCUUUGCCACUUACAUGUACAUACUAUGUGACUACAUACAAGAUGUCGAGCGAGGAGAAGCCCGAAGCCAAAGAUGAGAAAUCUCCUGGAGCAUUCUCAUUGUCGUGCAUGUUCUCACAACGAUGGCUGCUAUCGUACGUUGGUUUGCUCGGGGGCAGCAUUCUGUACGCUGCACGUGCCAACCUCAGCGUCGCCAUCGUUUGCAUGGUCAACGACACCGACUCCAAUGUCACGACGUCGAUAUCGGAGCGUGCCGAGUUCUACUGGACCAAGGGAGAGCAGUCAGGAAUCCUCAGCGCGUAUUUCUAUGGAUACAUAUUCACACAGAUUCCCGCGGGAAUACUGGCCAGUAAAUAUGGCGGAAAGUACGUCAUGUUUAUCGGAAUGCUCAUUGGAUCGAUCGUCUCACUGCUUCUACCAAUCGGCGCCCGGACUUCCAUCUACCUGGUGUAUGUGCUUCGUGUGAUCCUUGGAGUGUGUCAGGGAGUCUACUUUCCGAGUCUACAAUCCAUGUGGGGCCGAUGGGCGCCGCCAUUAGAGAGGACAAAACUCACUGCCGUCUGCUAUUCAGGAACUCAGUUUGGCAGCAUAGCAACGUUCGCUAUAUCGGGGUUCAUGUGCAUAUAUGGCUUCGACAACGGCUGGGGAUCCAUCUUCUACGUUACAGGUGGUAUAUCGCUGCUAUGGUGCGGGCUGUGGUAUAUAACGGUCGCCAGCACACCGGCUGAACACCCUCGUAUCACGGAGAGAGAGAGGAACUAUAUUAUCUCUAGUAUAGGGAAAAACAAGAGAGGUUCUCAACAGUGGGCCGCCUUGCUGAAGUCCCCGGCGACAUGGGCGUGUCUAGCUGCACAAGUGUGUUCCAACUGGAUAACAUACACGCUGUUGACCAACAUACCAACGUUCCAGAAAGAAGUGCUGGAUUUUAACAUUGCCGAGAACGGCUUGCUGUCGGCCAUUCCCUAUCUGAGCCAGGCCGUAUCCGGGAUGUUGGCUGGACAAGUUGCAGACUACGUCCGGUCAAGGAAAUACCUCAGCACCACGGCCACCCGGAGGAUCUUCCAGUCCAUGGCUUUCAUAGGAGCAGCUGCGUGCCUGAUCGGGACAGGGUUUGUGGAUGUGGAACACCGCUAUGUUGCUAUAGUUUUGUUGACGAUAGCAAUGUGGUUUGUUGGAUUUGCGUCGGCUGGGUAUGUUGUCAACACUGUCGACUUCGCUCCAAGAUACGCCGGUAUAUUGUUCGGACUUGAUAACGCGGCGGCGACAGUCCCUGGGAUGGUGGCUCCACUGCUAGCAGGUGCCCUAACUCCAAACAAAACCCAGGAAGAAUGGAGGAACGUCUUCUACGUGUGUGCAGGAUUCUGUGCUCUAGGAACUUUGGUGUUCGGCUCCCUGGCCCGGGGAGAGCUGCAGCCCUGGGCCAUGGAUCAGGUGGAGGUGGACGUGGACGUGGACAUGGGGAAGGGGAAGGACGAUCCCGAAGUUUCCGGCAACGCGCUUCAUAGUGAUGACACUAAGAAGGAAAUGACAGAUACGUCAACUCAACUGUAACAGUUUUCACCUGGGCAGAAUACAACUUAUAUGGGGAAAUACACCACACAUCAGGCAGGCGUUUACUGUCGAUAACCUCAACGUAUCACCACAAUCUCCAAAUGAAAAUGUCUCGUAUCAAGGAUUCGUUAAUACAGAAAAUGUGUACAAUUUUAGAGUGAAAAGUAGGGUUUAGCUGAGACUCAAUAUUUUCUUUUAUAAAUACAAUCUGUGACAGAAAAACACAUCCAUCCAAUAUAAAUGCAACAAUCGCGCUGGUCAUUUUCUCACAUUCGCUAUUAUAAUCGAGCUUUUAGUCAAUAAAAAUACAUGUUUUUUAUGAAUUAA